GAGCCAACGUUAACAUGGGGAAGCGGUUGGACACCCCCCUCCACGCAGCAGCCAGGAAAUCCAGUGUGGAGGUAGUUGUCUUGCUGACAGACUAUGGUGCUAACCUGAAAUCCAGAAAUGCUGAAUUCAAAUGUGCCUUGGAUCUUGCCAUACCCAACAGCAAAGUGGAGCAGGCGCUUCUGCUUCGGGAAGGUCCUGCCAACCUUGCCCAGCUGUGCCGGUUGUGUAUCAGAAAACAUCUGGGUCGGUCGUGCCUGUAUGCAGUCCCCAAGCUGCACCUGCCUGAGCCACUUGAGAACUUUCUCCUUUAUCGAUAA